CAUUUGUGGCAAUGCCCAAGGCGACCAUAAUUUACAGCCGACGUAUAGAAGUUUACUGCAGUAAAUUACUGACUUAUAGUGCUGAUUAUUCUACAGCGAGGUUGCUGGUGUAACUAAACAGCUGAUUUUUUCAGAAAAGAGAUGAAUGCUAAGAGUAAAAUGCACGGUAUUGCAUUGGCGCAAGUUAUUGUCGUGGUGCUGUUAGAAUGUGUUGCUGCAGUAGAAGAUGAGUCAGUCGUUGUUGAGAUUCUGGCUGGAAAAGUUGGCGGGAAGAUUGAAGAAACAAGAUUGGAUGGUCUGUAUGUCCAAAAAUUCCUCAAUAUCUAUUACGCAGAAGCUCCAGUAGGGAAGUUAAGAUUCGUGAAGCCUCAACCUAAAAAGCCAUGGAACGAAAGUCUGGCUAUACCAGGGGAUGGAGGAAUGUUUAUAAUGUUCCUAGCUUUUCUAAAUGAUCCUCCCCCCUCUCAUCUGUUAACCGAUCACUACACUGGACAUACCUCAUUUAUUUUACACUUUCAGAUAUAUGUUCAUGGAGGUGGAUAUACGCGAGGUACAUCAGGAAGCUUUCAUGGACAUUCAUUUGUCGCAGCUGCGGGUGGUGACGUCAUUCUUGUUACAAUAAAUUAUCGAUUAUUUGAUCUUGGAUUCUUGGUGACUCGUGAUGAGAGUGUCAGAGGGAAUUUUGCAUUGUUUGAUCAGAGGUUGGCUUUUAAAUGGGUUCAUGAGAACAUUGAGCGAUUUGGUGGUGAUCCUGAUAAGGUGACGAUAUUCGGAGAAAGCGCGGGAGCUGGAUCCACUUCCUCUCAUUUCUUUUCCGAAGAUAGUUGGCCAUACUUCCAACGAAGUAUUUUACAAAGUGGAAGCAUCACUUUUCCCAUGGGAGUAGUCGAUAUGAAUUACGCGAAGAACAUGUCAGAAGAAUUUCUUGGCCAAGUAGGAUGUAAGAACGAUGAAAAGGUUUUGGAAUGUCUUCAGAAUCUUAGCACUGAGGAAAUUAUGGAACAUUAUCGCACUACAGAAUACUCCAUGACUAAAGAUUUCAUGUUGCCUGUCCUUGAUGGUGAUUUCUUUAAAAAACUGCCGGCCAAAAUGCUUGAAGAAGGACAGCACAAACAUGUAGACUUGAUGAUUGGCGUAUGUGAACACGAAGCAUUCCUUUGGCAUUUUAGUAAUCUCCAAAAUAACCAAACAACCGAGUUUUACAUUAACUAUUUUAAACAAAAUCUUCAAUUUGAAUUAAAAGAUUUCUCUGGUGAUGUACACAAGAAGGCUUUAGAGCUCUACGAACCAAAAUGCUAUCCAAAUUACGUUGAAGCACUCAGGCCAACGAUUGACUUUCAAACAGACAAGUACUGGAGUUGCGAGACAACCAAACUUGCAAAAACGUGGUCCGAUCAGUCGAUUGGUAAAAAUGUUUAUGUUUUCCGAUUUUCCUAUGCACCACCUCUGGAUAUAUUGGUGUACUAUCCUCAAGGCACUUUUGGUUUUGCUGCACAUGCUUCAGAUCUCAUGGGGACGUUUGGUAUGCCUAUUAACCAUCGACUUUUCCCAGAAGAAGACAGGGUUAUGUCAUCGCGAAUGGUUACCUAUUGGACAAACUUUGCCAAAAAUGGUGAUCCAAAUGUUGGGAUAACAAAUAUCACUUAUAACGCAAAAGAGUUCCAGAAAUUACCCAAUUGGCCCAAGUUUACUGAUUCUAGCCAAAAAUAUUUGCAGUUCAAUGGGCUACACGAUGUGAUGAAUGGUGAAAAUUUACGCCAAAUGUACUGUGAUUUUUGGGAUGAUCCUGAAAGUUUCACCUUAAAAAAUCCAGUUGCUCCUGGUCCAUGGAAUAUUUGGCUAGUUAUUUGUAUUACUGCUGUCGUUGUAAUCAUCCUUGACGCAUUUCUGAGGCAUCUCUUUGAGAAAUGAACAGGAAAAUGGCUUUUUUACUCGUACUGAACUUUUCAUUCUUAUAAUUUAAAGUGUUUGCAUGCUUGUCAGGGUUUGCACCAAUCCAGGGAAAUUGUUGAAAUGUUUUGCUUCUUUCUCAAUCUUGUUUCCGUUAGUUUUAAAUGGCAAAAUAAAUCGGCAGUUGAAGUUUUGAAGUAAAUUUUUAGCAAUUCUUAAUCUCAAAACUCUUGUGAUGCUGGGAAAAGACGAUUAUUUUUACCCUAAUCGCAUGCUAGUCCCCAAGCAUGAGCGGCGACGGGCGAUU